AGUCUAAAAAUUAAUAAACUAAAGAAGAAAACAAUGGUGCGAGGUGGCAUUCGUGGUGGCCGUCCUAUGCGUGGUCCAAUACGACCACCAUUUAAGAAAACAUUCGUGCCCAGACACCCGUUUGACCUGACAUUAGCUGAAGUUGUAUUCCCGAAAGUUUCGCCGGCUGUCGAUGAUGCUGCCUUAACUGCUGCAUUGCUCAAGCGGAAUCAGGAUCUUAGUCCUACACCUGCCGAACAAACGUCGGUAGGGAAUUUGGUUUCUAAGGUUCAGGCUGUAUUGGAUAACUUGAUUGUGGCUCCAGGAGACUUUGACAAAUGUCAACUGGAAGAAGUACGUCAAGUUGGAUCAUUCAAGAAGGGUACUAUGUUAACCGGCAAUAAUGUUGCUGAUAUAGUCGUUAUAAUGAAAUCUGUCCCAACAAAAGAAGCGUGCGAAGAGCUGGCCAAAAAAGUUGAAAAUGACCUCAAGAAUUCAAUGAAAACUGAAGUAUUAACCAAGGCAGAUAAAAUUGUCACCACUCAUCAUGAACGUGGUUUUGACAUUUAUAAUUCGCAGGCUAAAGUUCGUAUACUGAUUACAACUAUUCCGCCCAACAUAAGGAAAAACGAAGCGAAUAUGUUUCCAGAGGCCAAGGUUAUGCAUGGUCAUUUGGCUGCUAUAAGACAUACCCGUUGGUUCGAAGAGAAUGCUCACCAUUCAUCAAUAAAAGUGCUUAUUCGCAUUUUAAAGGAUCUUACAAAACGCUUUGAAGCAUUUUCUCCUUUAUCGCCCUGGAUGUUGGAUUUAAUGGCCCAUCUCACUAUCAUGAACAACCCUUCCAGGCAGGCUUUGCCAAUUAAUUUGGCUUUCAGACGCGUAUUCCAACUCUUAUCGGCUGGUCUCUUUCUUCCCGGUUCAGCAGGCAUUACAGACCCCUGUGAACCUGGUCACAAUAGAGUUCAUACAGCCAUGACACUGGAAGAACAAGAUUCUUGUUGUAUGACGGCUCAGACUCUACUGCGUGUCCUAGCCCACGGUGGAUAUAAACAAAUUUUGGGCAUUGAAGGAAACUCGAACAUAGUCAAAGAAAUGUCUGUGUGGAACGGAGUAGUUGUUUCUCCAUUGGAACGUGUCUAUGAAAAGCCAGUCGAUAAAAAAGAUGGCGAUGGAGACGAAGAUAUGGAAACGGUUGAAAAUGACAAUGUAAUGGAUGAAGAUUCUGCUGAACAGUAA